AUACAAACAUUGAAUACAAUAUGUUAUUAAUGUAUAUAUUAUGUAAUACUAUGCUAUCAAACAAUACAAUAACCAAAAAGUAUUAAUCAAUUGAUUGUAAUCUUUGGUUAACUUUAGUUAACAACAAUUUAAUCGUCAAUUGAUUUGGUGGUAAUAAUAAUACAAGACUCGCCACACAAUGAAUCCAUUGACAAACGUCAAGAAUAUUACAAAACUGAACGAAACGGAGCUCAAGAUGGGAAUCGAUUCGAAGAACUCGUGGCAUAACAUGUAUUCGCAGAGCGCCUGGAUCUUUGUCGGUGGUCUUAAUUAUGAACUCAGCGAAGGCGAUGUCAUUACAGUGUUCUCGCAAUACGGAGAAGUGGUUAAUAUAAAUCUAAUUCGCGACCAAAAGACUGGCAAAUCUAAAGGUUUCUGUUUUAUCUGUUAUGAAGACCAAAGAAGUACGAUAUUGGCUGUCGAUAACUUGAAUGGUAUUAAACUAUUAAAUCGGACAAUACGUGUAGAUCACGUGGAAGACUAUAAGAUACCCAAAGAACAUGAAGACAUGGAUGAAAUGACAAAAAAAUUGCAUAACGAAGGAUGCGCUCCUGAAGAAGUGAUUGUCAAACCUGAAGAUGAAGUGAAACAGAUUUUUGAAAUUAAUAUCAAUGUCAAGAAAGAAGGCAAACAUCGAAAACGAAAGCAUAGUAAACAUAGGAGAUCUUCUUCAAGUAGUUCUAAUCAUUCAUAUUCAUCAUCGAGUUCUUCGUCAUCCGAUUCUAAGCGAAGAAAACGUGAAUCAAAAUCAAAAGAUAAACGAAAAGAAAAGAAGAAUAAAUUAAAACAAACGAAUGAUAGACGUUAUGACAGUUAUAAUAGCAAUAAUAAUGGCUAUAAAAGUGAUUUCAAACAUUACGAUACCUCAAAGUCAUCGAAAUCUAUUAGACAUAGAGAUGUUGAUCGCAAGUCAAGAGAUGAUUAUAAAUCGAGACACGAUUAUAGACAUUAAGAGAUUACGAUUGUUUGAUUGAUUUAUUUUAUUUAUAAUUUUAUUCAUCAAUAAAUAAUACCCUAAAAAUA